CCGGCGCCUUCCUCAGCGAGAGGCGACCGGAGCGCGGCCCGGCCGAGCGGGAGCGGGACUCCGGAGUCCACCAACGGCGCGGCCGCGCUGCCCGCACGCCCGGCCGGCCGGCCCUGCGCGCCACUCCCGACCGCGGCCUCGCUCCUGCCCCGCGGUGACCGCAAGCCCCGCUCCGUCCCCCUGCGGCCCUUCCUCGUCGCCUGUCCGUCCCCGCUGCGUCUUCGCUGUGUCCCGCGCUCCGUCCUUCUCUGUCCCCGCUCCGUCCCCGCCCGCCGACCCCCGGCGAUGCCGCGCGGCGCCACCUGGGCGCUGCUCCUGGCCGCGGCCCUGGGGCUCGGGGCGCGCGGCGUGCGCGGCGCGGUGGCCCUCGCCGACUUCUACCCGUUCGGCGCGGAGCGCGGCGACGCCGUCACCCCCAAGCAGGACGACGGCGGCUCCGGGCUGCGGCCGCUCUCCGUGCUCUUCCCGUUCUUCGGCGCCGAGCACUCCGGCCUCUACGUGAACAACAAUGGGAUCAUCUCCUUCCUGAAGGAGGUCUCGCAGUUCACGCCGGUGGCCUUCCCCAUCGCCAAGGACCGCUGCGUGGUGGCGGCCUUCUGGGCGGACGUGGACAACCGGCGUGCAGGCGACGUGUACUACCGGGAGGCCACCGACGCAGCCACGCUGCGCAGGGCCACAGAGGACGUCAGGCGCUACUUCCCUGAGCUGCCCGGCUUCUCCGCCGCCUGGGCGCUCAUAGCCACCUGGUACCGCGUGACCUUCUUCGGAGGCAGCUCCUCCUCCCCCGUCAACACGUUCCAGAUUGUGCUCAUCACCGACGGCAAGCUCUCCUUCACCAUCUUCAACUACGAGUCCAUCACGUGGACCACGGGCACGCACGCCAGCAGCGGGGGCGACGCCGCUGGUCUGGGGGGCAUCGCGGCCCAGGCCGGCUUCAAUGCGGGUGAUGGGCGGCGCUACUUCAGCAUCCCCGGCUCACGCACAGCGGACAUGGCGGAGGUGGAGACCACCACCAACGUGGGCGUGCCCGGGCGCUGGGCGUUCAGAAUCGAUGAUGCCCAGGUGCGCGUGGGGGGCUGCGGCCAUACAACCUCCGUGUGCCUGGCCCUGCGCCCCUGCCUCAACGGCGGCAAGUGCAUCGACGACUGCGUCACGGGCAACCCCUCCUACACCUGCUCCUGCCUCUCGGGCUUCACGGGGAGGAGGUGCCACCUGGAUGUGAACGAGUGUGCUUCCCACCCGUGUCAGAACGGCGGGACCUGCACGCACGGCGUCCACAGCUUCAUCUGCCAGUGCCCGGCCGGCUUCGCGGGACCCACCUGCGAGACAGCACAGUCUCCAUGUGACGCCAGAGAGUGUGAGAACGGCGGCUGGUGCCAGGCGGAGGGCGGCUCGGCGGUGUGCGUGUGCGCAGCCGGCUACACGGGUGCAGCCUGCGAGACGGAUGUGGACGAGUGCGGCUCUGACCCCUGCCUGAACGGAGGGUCGUGUGUCGACCUGGUGGGGAAUUUCACCUGCCUUUGUUCAGAGCCCUUCGAGGGACCUCGCUGCGAGACAGGAAGCCACCCGGUGCCCGACGCCUGCCUCUCGGCCCCUUGCCAGAACGGGGGCACCUGUGUGGAUGCGGACCAGGGCUACGUGUGCGAAUGCCCCGAAGGCUUCAUGGGCCUUGAAUGCAGGGAGAGAACCCCCAACAACUGUGAGUGCCGCAAUGGUGGCAGGUGCCUGGGGGCUAACACCACCCUCUGCCAGUGCCCUCCGGGCUUCUUUGGGCUCCUCUGCGAAUUUGAAGUCACGGCCAUGCCCUGCAACAUGAACACGCAGUGCCCCGACGGCGGCUACUGCAUGGAGUACGGCGGGAGCUACCUGUGCGUCUGCCACACCGACCACAACAUCAGCCACUCGCUGCCGUCCCCCUGCGACUCGGACCCCUGCUUCAACGGAGGUUCCUGUGACGCCCACGAUGACUCCUACACGUGCGCGUGCCCGCGGGGCUUCCACGGCCGGCACUGCGAGAAAGCCCGGCCACACCUGUGCAGCUCGGGGCCCUGCAGGAACGGCGGCACGUGCAAGGAAGCGGGCGGCGAGUACCACUGCGACUGCCCCUACCGCUUCACCGGAAGGCACUGCGAGAUCGGGAAGCCAGACUCAUGCGCCUCUGGCCCCUGUCACAACGGCGGCACCUGCUUCCACUACAUCGGCAAAUACAAGUGCGACUGUCCCCCAGGCUUCUCGGGACGGCACUGCGAGAUAGCCCCCUCCCCCUGCUUCCGGAGCCCGUGCAUGAAUGGGGGUACCUGCGAGGCCCUGGGGACAGACUUCUCCUGCCGCUGUCAAGCAGGGUACACAGGACGCCGGUGCCAGGCAGAGGUGGACUGCGGCCCGCCCGAGGAGGUGACGCACGCCACCCUGCGCUUCAACGGCACCCGGCUGGGCUCGGUGGCCCUGUACUCGUGUGACCGAGGCUACAGCCCGAGCGCCUCCAACCACAUCCGCGUCUGCCAGCCGCAGGGCGUCUGGAGCGAGCCUCCCCAGUGCCACGAAAUUGACGAGUGCCGAUCCCAGCCGUGCCUGCAUGGGGGCUCCUGCCAGGACCGCGUUGCUGGGUACCUGUGUGUCUGCAGCCCAGGGCAUGAAGGAGCCCGCUGUGAGCUGGAGACAGACGAGUGCCUGGCGCAGCCCUGCAGAAACGGAGGCUCCUGCAGGGACCUCCCGGGGGCCUUUGUCUGCCAGUGCCCCCCGGGCUUCGCUGGAGUCCACUGCGAGACAGAGGUGGACGCCUGCGACUCCAGGCCCUGCCAGCACGGAGGCCGGUGCGAGAACGGUGGCGGGGCCUACCUGUGUGUCUGCCCAGAGGGCUUCUUCGGCUACCACUGCGAGACAGUGAGCGACCCCUGCUUCUCCAGCCCCUGUGGGGGCCGCGGCUACUGCCUGGCCAGCAACGGGUCCCACAGCUGCACCUGUAAAGCGGGCUACACGGGCAAGGACUGUGCCAAAGAGCUCUUCCCACCAACGGCCCUCAAGGUGGAGCGAGUGGAGGAGAGCGGGGUCUCCAUCUCCUGGCGCCCACCCGAAGGCCCAGCCGCCCGGCAGAUGCUCGACGGCUACGCGGUCACCUACGCCUCUUCCGACGGCUCCUACCGCCGCACGGACUUUGUGGACCGGGGCCGCUCCUCGCACCAGCUCCGGGCCCUGGCGGCCGGCAGGGCCUACAAUAUCUCCGUCUUCUCGGUCAAGCGCAACGCCAACAACAAGAACGACAUCAGCAGGCCUGUGGUGCUGCUCGCCCGCACGCGACCCCGCCCCGUCGAGGGCCUUGAGGUCACCAACGUGACUGCCAGCGCCGUCUCGGUGCGGUGGGCUCUGCACAGGAUCCGCCACGCCACCGUCAGCAGCGUCCGCGUGUCCAUCCGCCACCCCGAGGCCCAGGAGGACGAGUCCGCCGACGUGGACAAGGGUGUGGACAAGUUCACAUUCAGGGCCCUGCUUCCGGGAAGGAGAUACACCAUCUGGGUGACUGCCCUCAGUGGGCUUGGGGGGCAGGAGCACCCCACCGAGAGCCUGGCCUCGGCACCACUGCACGUGUGGACCCGGCCUCUGCCGCCAGCCAACCUGACCGCCGCCCGAGUCACGGCCACCUCUGCCCACGUAGUCUGGGAUGCCCCCACUCGGGGCACCUCACUGGAGGCCUACGUCAUCAACGUGACCACUAGCCAGAGCACCAAGAGCCGCUACGUCCCCAACGGGAGGCUGGUGUCCUACACGGUGCGGGACCUGAUGCCUGGACGGCGGUACCAGCUGUCGGUGACGGCCGUGCAGAGCGUCGGGGGCGACCAGCUGCACAGCGAGCCCGCUCACCUGUACAUCAUCACCUCCGCGAGGGAUGGCGCCGACAGACGCUGGCACCGGGAAGGACUCCCCCCGCGGGCACUCAGAACCCGACCGGCCCCCGCGCGCCUGCCGGAGCUGCGCCUGCUCAACGACCCCGGCGCCCCCGCACCGCCGACCCAGGCCCCCAGGUUCUCGGAGCUCGUGGACGGCAGAGGACGAGUGAGCGCCAGCUUCCGCAGCUCGCCUGGCAGACGGGUCACUGUGAGAUCACAACCCACGGCUCUGGUGCAGCUGGAGAACGCGGAGGAGGUCCCCGAGCAGGUCAGCCUGGCCCUCCAGCUCCCCGGACGCAGUGGUGACAAGGGCGCGGAAAUUCUAGGAGCCAGUGGCCUUUCUCCUGAGUUACACCACAGGCUCAGACUGGGCUCACCCAUCAGCCAGCCCCCAGAGAAGGCAGAGUACUCGGUAAAGGGAGAGUCAAGCGCCCAGGAUGCGGCCUCACCUGCAGGCCCCCAGCGUACCCAAGGACACCUGGACACAUCCAGGCACCUGCACCAGAGGGUGUAUUUGCCAGCAGUGGCUCCACGGCCCCACAGUCCAGCACCCCUCACUGUACGGGGCCUUGGUGCCCCUGGGAACUGUUCAGAAAACCCCUGUCAGAACGGAGGCACCUGUGUGCCUGGUGAGGAUGCCCGCAGCUGUGAGUGCAGCCCGGGGUUCAAAGGCAGACACUGUGAGCUUGCAGCCUGCAGAAAGGUGCCCCAGCCCUGCACACGGCUGUUCUCGGAGACAAAGUCCUUUCCGGUCUGGGAAGGAGGCGUCUGUCACCACGUGUAUAAAAGAGUCUACAAAGUGCAUCCAGACACCUGUUUCAAAGAGAGCUGCGAGAGCACGCGCGCCAGGACCCCAGACAGGAAACAAAGUAACAGUCCUACACUGAAGAAAUCUUAAGGAUCAGGAUGCUCUUGUUACGCUCCAUCCACCUCACGAGUUUCUAAAGCCCAGGAAGACGAGGUCUAAAAUUGGAUUGAAACAAGGUCCUGGCUGGAGUCGGUGCCCUGAGCGGCUUCUCUCCUCUGGCCUCUGGAAGACAGACGGCCAGGCCAGGCAAGCACCAGCCACCUCCUUGCCCAGCCACAACCAGGGAGACCUCCGGGACAGAACCCACAUCUGACAUACCCCAGGCUGCGGUCUCCGAGGGGGCGGUCUGCGCCACGGUGAAUGCGCACCCACGGCGCACACGUUAGCCCUGGAUGGCAAGGCUGUCCGCCAGGAAUGCUUCUGCAACCUUCAGAAACCAGUUCUCAGAUUCCGAGGUCAGAGAAAGAAUUCUCCCUUUGAGACCUAGCAACAAAAUUGAGGAGGAACUGCUAUCAACAGCUUCCAAAGCAGAGACGGUGGGGCUGGGAGGAAGGGGCAGCGAUGAGGCCACGCUGGAAGCGCUUCGCCCGGCUCUCCUCCGCCAGCAGAUUAUUUAUGCUGAUCGUUCGCAGGCUAGUGCUCCAUCAUAUGGACCAGCUGACUUUGAGGGAGAAAACGGUAACACUAAGACGGAGUUUAGACACUUUUUACCUGCAACCUUUUCUGUAAAGGUCAGACAGUACUUCUGGCUUUGAGGACCCUAUGGUCUCUGUGGCAGUGACUCAGCUCUGCAGCUGUAGCACAAAUGCAGCCAACAGACGUGUGACUCACCAGGCGUGGCUGGGUUCCAAUAAAACUUUAUUUACAAAAACAGGCAGGGCCGAGUUGGCCCAUGCGCCACGCUGGGUUAACCCCUGGUCUUUGAGGUCAUAGGCUUUGGCCUAUCCCCUGGAUGACAAGUCCCACCAAGGCACCAAAGACCUCAAGGGUUUCACGGAAACCUCAAGGGUUUCAAACCCCACUUGGAAAGCCAAGGCAGCACCUCUACCAAGUACAGCGAGGGCUCGUCCCACAAGCCUAAAUGCGAUGCUGGUGAAGGUUUCUCUUAGUCCAGGACUCAAGUAACGCCGUGUGGGGCUAUCAGGUAGUAAGCACCGUGUUCCACACGCUCCUCCUUCACACACAGAUCGCCGCGUCAUCCUGCCACCCCUGCUCUCUAGCACGCUUCUAAGCAGUGCUCGCUUCUCCCUGCAAAUGAGGUGAAAACCAGACAAGCCAACCCCACGUCCGGUGUGCUGAACAUCUGAGCAGCUGAGCCAGACGGAACUCAAGCCGCCGUGCGUCUCCCACCGACUCUGCCCCCAGUCAGCAUCACAGCCACAGAAAGGGGCUCUUCCUUUCGUCUUCCAUAAAAAAAAUUUUUUUUACAGAGUUAUAUUUUAGGCUUUUUAUUUUUAUUAAAGUUUUGUGUGCAUAUGUCUGUGUAUUAUGCAUUCUGUCAUUUUCAGCAAGGAGGAAGAGUCAUUUCGAGAAGUCUCUACGGUGCUCCAGAAGGUCCCCAGUCUCCAAGGCCCACCUGGAGAAGACGGCUGAGUGCAGUGCAGGGGCUCUGACACUGGGAGAGUCGAGAGAGCCACAUACAUAAACACGUCCUGCUGACUCUGCUGUGGCACUGGGACCUGUCACUGUGCAACUGUGUAAGCUACGGCGUCACGAGCAAACAGCAAGAUCAAGUGAUAUCACUGGAAAGAAGACGAACCCCUCUACCGCCACGUCAAUGACCUCAAGCCCCUCAGCCACGAGGCAAAUGUAACGCGUUCCAGUCUUCAGCUUAGAAGCCCUUGUUUCUACAAGGAACAGUCUGCUGCCUCCUGAGCUUGGUGCUGCGUUUUCUUAUGAUUAACCCAUUUUGAUGUUUUAUAAGUUAAACAUCUAGUAAAAGACUUCCUGAUGCUAAAGGAAUUAUAAUUCAUCCUUGAAACAUUACAAAUGAGCCACUGCUUUUUUCCACACGGCUCCUUCUUAAAACUCUAACGUCUUCCUUGGAGAUACUCAAGGUCCACCCCAAAAAAUUAGCAGAAGUGGAAUCAAAAACUUGUCAGGGGCAUACACAUUUCUGUGUCGAAAUGAAAGGAGCAAUCCCGAGUUGCCGAGUCAGCCUUGUGCUAAUCAAAGCUUGGAUCAACUAAGCACGUCACCGAGCUUAGAUCUAAGAUCCUGUUAGUCCCGCCUGGGGAGCACAAGAGCAGCAGCCUAGGUGCCCGGGACGGUGCCGCCACCCGGAGACCACGGAACACACGAGGAAACGGGAAGUGCAGUCUCUGUACUUCCAAGUAACUCUGCCCACGGCCAAGAAAGACAGUGAAGACAAAACCUCCCGCUUCCGCUGCACGGGGACCGACACGGUGCAAAUGAGGAACGCUCCGUGGCACCCUGCGGCUCACCCACCAGCCACCCCAACAGGCAAGGGCUCCACCCGGUGUCAGCCCACCUCCAGCACCUUCCCUGGGCUGGAACUCCUGCCACUGCCCAACGACUGCCACCGAUGUCGGACUCACGUGUGGAGGGACUCAAUGAGCUACUGUUCUUCUGCAAAAAAAUGUCUUUCUCUUUGCAGUCAUGCUCGAAUAUGAGCCUGGAGAAAGCAAAAGCAUCUACACCUCAGUAAAUGCAGCUCCAAUCUACCCACAGUAAAACACAGCUCAAAUCUACCAACAGCAUCCCAGUACAGAGGAGAAAGGAACUCUCUUAAAAAAUCAGCUAUGUACUUUACUUCUAAAUAAAAGAGAAACAAAUGUGAGCCCAUUUAAAAUCUCAAGUCCUCACGAAUCAGCACAGUCGCAUUUCGCUAAAUGAGGCCUUAGAGCCGCGUCCGAGCCUUGGCACUGCUGAUCUUCGGGCUGGCUCACCCUGUCGUGGGCCUGUGCUGUGACUGCAGGAUGUUUAGCAGCUGCCCGGGCCUCGACCCACUAGACCCCACUAGACCCCAACUGCACACCCUCCUGGUCCUAACAACCCGAUGGGAAAUGUCCCCAGAUGUUGCUAGGUGUUCCCUGGUGUCAAGAUCACCCCCAGGUGAGAACCGCUGACAGGACUUACGUGGUCUCUGCGAGAAAAACGAGGCCAAGCACCGGGAGUCUCACGUGCAGCUGUUAAAAUGCUGUGAAGACCUGAGUUUUGGGCACAUCACCAAAAAUGUCUUCUGCAGCAUCAAUCCUGUGCCAGCUCCCCCCAAGAAAGGAAUCUCCAGGACCUUCCAGGAAUCACCCAUCUCCCCACCCCUCACAGAGCUCACGCCAUCAGGGCUGUACCUCUACCUCAGAGAUGACCCCUGGCUUACAUCCAAGUCCACUCCCCAACCCCAACUCUUCAGGUCGCUCCUCAGACCCACUGGCCUCCCCAAGGGGCCUUCCACCACCUCUGGUGUCACGGAGAGCUCCCUGAAAUGAAACCAAGCCCAGACCUGCGGCCCUGGCUCCAGGUCAGAACUCCACGGACGCCAAAGACGUCAGGCCUGGACGCAAGCCCCUGGGCCUGAGCUGGUGUGAAGGCAAACUCCGCCAGCGGUCAGGGUCAGGGCCAGCGGUCAGGGUCAGGGCCCGCUCUUCUCAAAGAGGCAAAAAGUGCCCCCACGCGGGGCUGGCGGUAAGAAGCUGUGCAGAGCAAAACCAUACAUCACUAAUCAACCUCCUUUUACUCUGCUGUACAAUGACUGCAAUUACGAAACAAUAAGAUAUUUUUGAACUAAAAACCUGAGUAUUUUUGUGGAAAACCUGCUCCUUGUUUUCAUAAAAUAAAGUGCUGUGAUAUAGUAAAAGCUCACUGUCUUCUCGGAACUCUGUCUUUGUCACGAGAAGGAUGUAAAAUGACUCCUGAACCAGAAGAAACAUCCCCCACUGUCACGGGACUGUCACCAACACAGAUGGGAGCGAAAAAGUAAGACCAAAUGUCGCGGGGUUGAGCCCCCCGACCUUAGAGGCGCAAAGUCGGCCUUUUAUUCAGGACGGAGCAGGGCCCUCCCCCCAGGACCUGACAGCAGAUCAAACCAAUGCAUCUGCUUCUUAGUCUACUUCUCAGGUGAUUUCCAAUUAAUUUUUCAUCAAACGACCAGUUUGAGAAUGAAAAAUAACCUGAGAAGAUCCAAGUGAAGUUCCCAAAAGCUCUGAGAAAAUUAAAAUACCCUUUGAUCUCGCUGGGCUCUUUUCACUCCAGUCCGUCCAUCACGGCUCCCGCUCCUCCCCUUCCUCCGGCUCCUCCUCCUCCUCCUCCUCCUCCAGACUUUCGACGUCAGCCAUACGGCCCUCAGACUCCUCCUCCUCCCGGGCCAAGAGUUUCUUAAAAACCUCAAACUCCUCAGCUGAAGAACAGGCUGUCUUGGCCAGAAACUCAGCUUCUGACACCCUGAGGAUGUCCUUGAGUAAAGGGUUGGGGACCAGCGUCUGCCCCUUCUUGUCAGGGGUCUGGUACCGGCCCAGGCGCUCCAGGAACAUGUGCCUCUCCUUGGUCUUGGUCAUGGAGUACUGCAGGAAGUCGGUCUUCACCACGUCCACAUGGUUAAUCCCCAUCCUGAAGUAGGCAUACUGGAGACAGAGCGUGGUUAGGAAGCGCAGCUGCAGAAAGCUUUGUAGGCUCCUAAGGCACAGUGAACUGAACUGUCCAAAAGCACUCGGAGAGACCUGCCUCACUAGCGACGGCAGAACACUAUGAUCCCGACACCUGCAUGAUGGCUUUCAAAGCAUUUUCAAAUUCAUGUCGAGAAAAAUGCAGCAGAAAAUAAAGGGCAGGAGGGAGAAAUUAA